AUGAGUAUAACCAACGCGGACAUCAAAGCUUCUGGAGAGAUCGCUGUUGGCCCUCUUUUAUCCAGAGCGCGCGGCAACUCCUCGACUAGUAGCAGUCUGGAGAAGGACGCGUUUAAGGGACACCAAACACUCGACCAUUCUCCCGGUACAGGCCAUGGCAUUGACCCGUCGAAGCACAAUGCAACGUUUGAAACAUUCGGUAAUGAAACGUUCUACACGCCGAUUGAGGACUAUGAAGGGAAACAUCGUUACGACCCAACUUUCGAAUGGGAGCCCAAGGAGGAGAAAAAACUGGUGCGCAAGCUGGAUCUCCGCAUCUGCUCCUGGGUUUGCCUGAUGUUCUUUGCACUUCAACUCGAUCGUGGCAAUAUAUCCCAAGCCCUUUCCGAUGACAUGCUCAACGAUCUCAAGAUGAACACAGACGAUUACAACACGGGGCAAACAAUCUUCUACAUUUGCUUUCUCUGCGCCGAACUGCCAUCCCAAUUGAUCUCCAAAAAGCUCGGUCCUGACCGCUGGAUCCCGGUCCAGAUGGUCUCUUGGUCGAUCGUUGCAAGCAUGCAAGCCUUCCUCAGCGGACGCUCCUCGUUCUUCGCUUGUCGAGCAUUGCUGGGUUUGUUGGAAGGCGGUUUCAUCCCCGACAACAUCCUCUACCUGAGCUACUUCUACACAAGCCUCGAACUGCCCAUCCGCCUCAGCUUCUUCUGGGUCUCCUACCAGUUCACCAGCAUCGUCUCCGCCUUCCUCGCCUUCGGCAUCCUCCACCUGCGCGGCCACCACGGCCUCGCGGGCUGGCGCUGGCUCUUCGCCCUAGAGGGUCUCCUCACCGGCUGCAUUGGUUUUAUUUCCUUCUUAUACCUGCCCCCGUCGCCGACCCAGACCAAGAGCUGGUUCCGGGGGAAAGAAGGCUGGUUCGACGAGCGCGAGGAACUCAUCAUGGUCAACCGCAUCAUUCGCGACGAUCCCAGCAAAGGCGACAUGCACAACCGUCAAGCGCUGUCGCCCAAGGCACUUUGGUACAGUUUGACCGACUACGACAUGUGGCCCAUCUACCUCCUCGGCCUCUCCUGGCUGAUACCGAAUUACCCCAUGACGCAGUACCUGACCCUUCAGCUCAAGGCCGCCGGCUUCGGCACCUUCGAAACCAACCUGCUCACCAUACCCGCUUACGUGCUCUUCAUCGUGCAGCUGCUCUGGUGGACCUGGGUGUCCGAGAAGACGGAUCAGCGCUUCCUGACCGGUCUCGUCAGCCAGAUCUGGGCGCUGCCGGUCCUGAUCGCCUUGGAGACCAUCUCCGGGCACACGGGGCCGUGGGUGAAAUGGGCGCUGAGCACGCUGCUUGUGGGCGCGCCCUAUGUGCACGCCAUCAUCGUCGCGAUCACGAGUCGGAAUGCGGGAUCCGUGAGGACGAGGACCGUGGCGUCGGCGCUGUAUAACAUGUGUGUGCAGGCUAGCAGUGUGAUUGGGUCGAAUAUCUAUCGUAACAACGACAAGCCUCUUUACCGCACAGGGAAUAAAGUCUUGAUUGCAAUCUGUGUCUACAACAUGGUUCUUUUCAUCGGCGCAAAAGUCUUCUAUGUGGCCAAGAACCGCUCGCGCCGGCAAAAGUGGGAUGCGAUGACGGCUUGGGAGAAGCAAAGGUAUCUUGAAACGACGACCGAUAAGGGGAAUAAACGGCUUGACUUCCGAUUUGCCCAUUGA